AUGCCCAUGCCCAUGCCCAUGCCCAUGCCCAUGCCGUGCAGCGAGGUGCAGCGGUCCGAGGCCGUGCUGGCCGACCGGCGGCUCAGGAAGAGAGAUGCUGCUGCCAUGAGACACGGCACCGGAGCGGUGCCACUGCUGCUCAACAUGUACCUGCCAGCGGCGGGGCAGGCAAGGGGGAGCGGCCGGGGGCUGCGGGGACGCUGCCCGCGGGUGGGCGCUGGGGGGUCGCGGUCCCGCCUGGCUCCAACCCUCUCUCCACCCCACCCGCGCCCCCUUUUUCCCCCAGAUCCAGUCGGGGAAACUUUGUUCAAAGACGGGAAGAGCCAGGCAUGGGGGUCUCUCAGCCCCGGCGUGCAGAAAGGCAGCGGGCAGAUCCAGCUGUGGCAGUUCUUGCUGGAGCUGCUUUCGGACCGGGCCAACCUGAACUGCAUCGCCUGGGAAGGCACAAAUGGGGAGUUCAAGCUGAUCGACCCUGACGAGGUGGCACGGCGCUGGGGCGAGCGGAAGAGCAAACCCAACAUGAAUUAUGACAAGCUGAGCCGGGCGCUGCGCUACUACUAUGACAAGAACAUCAUGACCAAGGUCCACGGCAAGCGCUACGCCUACAAGUUCGACUUCCACGGGCUGGCACAGGUGUGCCAGCCAACCACCCCCGAUCACACUCUCUACAAAUUUCAGGGCAACCUGGCACCACUGCCCUUCUCGGGCAUCUCCAAACUCAACCUCAUGACCUCGGGAGUGACACCAGCUGGCUUCUCCUACUGGCCUGGCUCCAGCCCGUCCCUCUACCCUGGGCAUGGGCUCCAGCCCUCAGCCUCGUUCAGUGCCAUGGCAGCCUCCCACCUCAACAACAUGAACAACCAUUACCAUUAGAGGCUCAGCUGUGCCAAGUGGAUGUGUCAUGUCCCUGGCAGCAUGGGGCUGUGGAUUUGGGAAGCUCAGCGGGGAGGGAUGCGGGAUGGGAUCGUACCCUGCUCUCACUUGUCCCCCUUUUGGUUUGAUGUGGUGUGGGGGAUGGGGGUGCUUGCAGGAUAGCUGGGUUGGUUCUUUGAUGUGGGUGGCUGGAGGAGGGAAGCCAUCAAAAUUUGAGAAAGUAUCCAUGAUCCUGGGAACAGAUGUGGAUACCUAAAGCGGGGUGUGAAUUGAAGGAAAAACCAUGGGCUCCUCUCCUGGCAGGGACAUUGCCCCACCUUUCCUUUGCAACAUACUGCCCAUGCCAUGAAUGUCCUUAGCUCUGCCUCCAGCCUGUGCCUACCCUCCCCAUUCCCUGCAGAGAGGAAUCAGGAGCUGGGGCCCCAGGGCAGCUGUGUCCAUGAAUGAGGCUCCCACUGAGCAGGGACAAAUAAAGGGGACCUUCCUUGGCCACUUGGUCCCCUCACCUUUGUCUCCAAAGGCUUCCUUUUCUCCAUCCCUCCUAUACCUGCUGCCUGAAGGCGGCUUCUUUCAGACCUCAGAAGCUUUGGUCUGGAGAGCAGAUGCUUUCUAUGGGUUCACUCAUGCCCAGGGCAGGGCUCUGGGGUUGGAGGUGCCAGGGAUAAGUGUGGGACUCACUGCCAGUCCUCAGGACAAGGCCAGAGCCUGGAGUCAGCAUAGCCUGGUCUCCUCAACUCUGCCCUCUCCACAGUGCCCAAGGAUCACACCACAGACAGUCCCUGACACCCUGCACAUGAGCCCGUGUCCUGCUCAUCACUUCCAAGAUUAACAUUCCAGUUUUACUACAGCUUUAGCCCCUCAUGUGCAGGGCUGGGUGGGACACCCUCUGUAAGUGGGAACAUCCCCAGGGACAAGACAGUAUGGGUGGUGGAGCAGAAGAAGGGAUGACAGCAGGAUGGGGAGCCCCAGGCAUCAAGGGGCAGCCCUGGGUCUCUCCCCCUGCGUUCAAGGAGCUUCCCCCAUCCUCUGGAGCAGGACUUUGGCCCAGUGGAUGCAGAAGAGCUGGGCACGCUGAGCUCCUCACUGGCUGGGGGGUGGGAUUGGUCUUCAAUAAAACAGAG